GCUUCCUGAAAUCAACGCCUUAUGCUAUUUAAAACAGGCUGCCAUUUAAACUCUGCAGCUCCCCAUCUGUCUUUCUGCGCAUUUCUCAACCCAUUGAGGUUUGCGGAAAAACCAAAUAAACAAGGGGGUGACUGCGUGAAUCAAGCAAACAUGACUCGAGAUUACAAACCAGGCGAUCUGAUUUUUGCCAAAAUGAAGGGCUACCCUCACUGGCCAGCCAGGGUUGAUGACGUUCCAGAUGGAGCAGUAAAACCUUCCAAUGCUAAAUUGCCAAUUUUCUUCUUUGGCACUCACGAGACUGCAUUUCUGGGCCCCAAAGACAUUUUCCCUUAUGCAGAAAACAAAGACAAGUACGGCAAGCCCAACAAAAGAAAGGGUUUUAAUGAAGGCCUUUGGGAAAUUGAAAAUAACCCAAAAGUUGAGCUCUCUGACCAAGAGAUGCGGCCGGUGGAGAGUGUGGCAGACCUUGUAUCAGACAGCAGCCAAGAACAUGAGGAAGAAGGGGAGGCAAAGGCUGGAGAUAAAAGAAGAAAAUCUACAAGUGCCAAAGUAUCUGCUAAACGCGUUCGCUUGGCUACUGCUGGUACUGAGGGAGUUCAGGAGGAGGCAGAAGGUGCAAACAAGGAUACUGAGAACUUGCCAGUUUCUGAUUAUGACACUGCCAAGAAAGGUGCACCUGAGACUCCAGUGAAAGCCAAAAGAGGAAGAAAGAAAAAGAUUUUGGAAGUAGAACCAGAAUCUGAAAAGGAUGAAGUUAUUGCCAGCCCUGUAUUAAGCCCACCAGUUGCUGAGGUUGUGACUCCCAAACGACGAGGCAGGAAACCUAAAGCAGAAAAGCUGCUGUCUCCUCCUCUUCCUCCUACCUCUGGGAGUGAGAUGGAUUUGAGUGAACCAGAGAAAAGGAGGAAGCGAGGGUUGGAGGAGAAACCUACAAAGCCACAGAAAUCUGAAGAGGAAGACAAAAAAAAGGAUGGGAGGAAGAGAAAGGAUGGGGAAAAGCCCGUAGAGACUGGGGAGAAAGAAAGCAUGAAAGAACCAGAGGUCAAACGGAGAAAAAAUGCCAAGGGAGGAUCCUCGUCCGACUCGGAAGAUGACGGAGAGAAGAACAAGAAUGAUGCCAAAAGGCACAACAUCCUGAAAGCACAGCAAGAUAUGUUGGAGAUGGAAAGGGAUGAAAGGAGACGUAAAAUGGAAGAGCAGAAGGCUUCAGAGCAAAGCAAAGAUGAUGGAAAGAAGCCAGAAGAAAAGAAAGUGGAAAAGAAAAAAGAUUUAUCAACGGAAUCAAGGCUUCAGAGGUUACAUGGAGAAAUCAAAAUUUCACUGAAGAUAGACAGCCCAGAUGUGAAAAAGUGCAUUGAGGCGUUGGAUGAGCUUGGAACACUCCAGGUUACAACUCAACAUCUGCAAAAGCACAGCGAACUUAUUGCAACUCUCAAAAAGAUCCGUAGGUUCAAAGCCAGCCAGGAUAUCAUGGACAAAGCCACUAUGCUGUACAACAAGUUUAAAACCAUGUUCCUUGUUGGUGAGGGUGAUUCUGUCAUCACUCAAGUGCUGAACAAGUCCCUUGCAGAGCAGAGGCAGCACGAGGAAGCCAAGAAAGGGGCCAUCAAGAAAGCAGAGCAAGCCAAAGAACUAAGCACAGACACCAAGGGAAUGAAUGGAGAUGUUUGUGCUGGAGAGAGAAAUGUAUCCCAGCAGGACCAAGAUAAAGAAGAGACCACUGGCAAGGAGCCUGGCAAUGCAGAACAGAGCAGUGCUGGAAAAGAACAAACUGAAGAGGAAUCUGAAAAGCAGCAGAAAGGUGGCGAGUCUUUGCCUGAAAACUAGACUGCAACCUGUUUGAAAAAGCAGAGGAAACUGUCACCACUGUUGAAUAUCGCAGCAACAGAACUGUUAUGUUUUUGUUUUUUUAAUUACAGAUUUUAUUUCAAGACCUUUUUCACUGUUGUGGUUGCACCCUAUUAUAGGCCCAUAUUUGACAUUCAAAACAAAAUAGAUAUUUGAAAGUUUUAAACCAAGUCUAUUUUAUAUUAAAAUGUUUUAAAUCUGUGUUACACCUGUGCAGGGUUAGAAACUAACAAUAUUUUGGUACUAGUCCAAAGGACUAGUACCUUUUGAAACUUGCUAGUCCUUAUGUGAAGUGCCUAAGUUGGAAUCAACAACAACAGUUGGGGUCCCUAAAAAUAGGCUUAGAUUUUAUAUUGCUGAAAAAAUACACUGUUAUAAAUUUAGAUUUUUUUUUUUUAACAAAGCACCUUUGUAAAUGUACAUACAGAUCGAUCAGUCGCCUGUUUGCACCUUGUUACUGAGCAACUACUGUACUGUGUGGUGAGAAACUGACAGCACCAGAUGGGAUGAUGGAGAAAAAAAUCUCUCAGCUGAGUCACCUUGCCAACUAUGAAGCUUCGCCUGAAAUUGACACCGAUGACACAAAUAAGAUGUUUAUUUUGUUGUAUAUUUUACGUGUUGCUGUUUACAAAAAUGCUGUUUGGCUUGAAUUACUAUCUACAAUAAUUAAUGUACUCACGUACACAUGCGGUCUUCACUAAAGUCCUAAUUUAAAGACCGUAUGUUUCACUGUAGCCCUCGGGAUGAAAUUGUUAGCAAGGUUUUAAGUACUUGCCCAGAGGACUACUGAGACACAGACAUCAACUAGUCCGCAUCAGAUUUAAUUAGCCGCUGGCGAGCGUGAGUUUCUAACCCUGCCUGUGUAACCCUUUCUCCAAAGCCUUGCAUGUACAGUAAUACAGAUUUUGGUACAUAUGGUUGAAAGACUAGAAAACCAAUGGCUGUAUUUUUCAACAUAAAAAUUAUUGCAUACAGGCCAACUGCUGUCAUGGUCCAUUUUACAGUAAAAAAAAAAAAAAAAAAAGAUUUUAGGAAAUAGAUUCCAUGGUUUUAUUCAUAAAUCUGGCUUUUUCAAAAUGUAUGAAGUAUUUUUUUUCUAGUGUUUUUAGGAAGUUUUUUGUGACUUUACUCCUGAUUUGAAGAAUACAGUUCAGAGUUGGAUUAAUCUGCUUUCCCUUUCUAUAAAGCUGUUUCUCAAUAUACCCCUUAUUUUCUGGCACAUUGAAACCGUAAACUUAAGGCACACCUAACUUUGAGAACUUAACUUUAAAUCUAGGCCUGUAACUUUUGCUUGGGAUACAAAUACUAGUAUGGUGAAAUGUUAGCUGAUUUCUAAGAAGUAAGUCAUAUUUUUUUUGAUCUGUAUCUAAACAACGAAUAAACGCCAUGCUAAUUUGAAAUUGGUACAUCUGUGGGCUAGUCUUUUUAGUAGAAGCAGUAAUGUUUUGUUCUCUUUGUAGUUGUACAUAUUUCCUAAAUACUGCUCAUUUGGAACUUUAUUUUAUUUUUUAGAAUUUUGUAUUUUUUUUUUUUAACAAUGCACCAAUAAAGCUACAGUAAACUGUGCCAAAGUAGUUUAUUCUUUUGCUUAAAAUGUAUUUCCCGAAACAAUGCUGCUGUUAAAGUUCUCAUUAUUAAAGUUGCAUUAAAUGUUUUGUUCACAUGUUGUAUUUUGCUGACACAUUUAUGUAAAUACAAAAACUGUUUCCAACUA